AUGCCACCCUCUUUCACAAUUAGUGCUUUUUCGCGUGUGCGUGAAUUUUCUAAAGACUUUUUUUCUGAUAAUGGGAAAUUAAUGUGUCGUUUUCGUGAUCAUAGUAUCAAUUUUCAUACAAAAAAUACAACUAUUGUUCAUAUAGGUUCUAAAACACAUAUUCUGAAUGCAUUUGUAGCGGCUGAUAUUCCAUUAGAAAAAGUGGAUAAACUUCAAAAUUGGUUGCAUGAACAUAUUGAACAUUGUAAUGAAGGAGGGUUUAUUCCAAAAUCAGAUACUUUGCGCCGUGAAUAUUUACCAAAAUUAUUUAAAAAAACUACAGAUAGUAGAGCACAAAGUGUAACCGGCGACUACCAAAUAUUCCUUAAUUUUAACUCUUACCAUUUAAGGGAUAAUGAUAUUAAUUAA